AUGAGUUGCUUAUUAUUCUUUAAUUUUAUUCUAUUAUUUCUUUCAAUUUCACUUUUUGUAUUGGGUAUAACAACAUCAAGAUGGCUUGUACUUAUUGAUGAUGAUAAUAUUAAUAAUAUAACUAGUGAACGUUCAAAUGGCAUUAUAACAUCUUGUCAACGACUUUAUCGUCAAAAUAAUCUAGAUCAAUAUUCAUAUGUAUACAAUAUAACGAGUAGUAGUCGUAUGAAUUAUAAUAUCUAUGAUGAUGCUUAUGUAUGUUUUAAUCGAUUAUUUAAAUGGCAUAAUGAAUCGAUAAAUGGACCUGAUUUAUUGGAAUAUCAAAAAGUAAUAAUUGGUGUGUCAUUUUCUUGUAUAUUCAUCGGUGUUAUUGCUCUACUUUUUACUCAAACAAUAAAUACACAUGGAUCUUUUCAUAAUAUUCGUUUUUCCAAAUGUAUGAUUGACUGUUUAUUGAUUACAACUAUUCUUACCGUUGUCUUGGCAUUAAUUACAGUAGCAUUAUUUCUUGGCUUUGAACGUCUUCAAACAAUAACAGUUUAUGGAUAUUCAUUUUGGUCAUUCGUAGCUGGUACAUGUUGUGUAUUUGUUAGUUGUAUACUUACAGCAGUAUAUCGUAUUGAUGUAGAAUUUGAAUUUCGUCGUUAUCGACAUGAAUCAGUAGCAACUCUUUGUUAA